UUACUUUGAUUCUCUUCUGAAAGUUUCUUUUCUUCAAGAUCUAGUUGAAGACCAGCAUACUGGGCAAUUAUUAUGCAAUAUGCAUGACCUUGUUCAUGAUCUCACUCGGCAAAUUUUACAGAAUGAAAUAAUCCUUACAUCAACGAAGAACACUAAUGAUCAUAGCCCAAGAUGCAUAUAUUUAUCUUUAACCUCAUGCACUGACAAGGUUGACAGUAAGUUAUUUAGCAAGGUUCGUUCUCUGUAUGCUAGUGGAGAUACCUUUGCAACCAAUAAGCCAAUCAGAAAGAGUUGCUCUGUGCGCAGUGCUAUUCUAGAGGAUAUAAAUGAUACUUCUAUCCCACUGCUCAUACCAAAGUUUGAAUAUCUUGCAUAUCUUAGAAUCUCCGGGGCCAACUGCAGAGAAAUACUAGAAGCAAUCACAGGUUGUUGGAACUUGCAAGCCCUUUAUAUCAUAUAUUGCUUUAAACUCGCGAUGUUACCCGAGUCUAUUGGAAAUCUCAAAAGGUUAAAAAUUCUAGAGUUGUCAUGGGUUGUGGCUCUUGUUAGUUUGCCUCAGUCUAUUGGUGAUUGCCAAAGUCUUGAAAGCUUGCACCUGAUUAAAUGUGGACAGCUAAGAGAAAUACCAGAGUCCAUAGCUAAAAAUGAAAUGUUACGGGUUCUUAAUAUUGUCAAUUGUUCGUAUUUGUGCCAACUGCCAUCAGAAUCUUUGGGGAUUCUACGUAACUUACGGGCUAUCAACUUAACAGGAUGUGUGAGUCUCGAAGACCUGCCCAGUUCAUUUGCUUGUGAUGAGUUACAUACUCUUAAACUCACUGGAUUGACUAGACUUAGAGUACUACCUCAGUGCAUCACUUUACUGAGUAAUCUAGAACAUCUAGACCUUGGGUACUGCAAUGAGCUAGUUGAGUUGCCUGAAGGUAUAGGGAACUUAAAGAGGCUUGAGGUUUUGAAUAUAGAAGGAUGUCGCAGUCUGUGGGGCAUGCCAGCAGGGUUUGGGAAGCUGACUCGCCUACGAAAGCUGUUUGGCUUGUUUGUUGUAGGAGAUACUGGAGAGGACGCAAGAAUAUCAGAGCUUGGGGAUCUUGACAGGUUAAGUGGUUUAUUGGAAAUUGAGGGUAUUAGGUGUGUGAAAGAUCCCUAUGAUGCAGAAAAGGCUUACUUGAAGGGAAAGCAUGGCAUACAAAAGUUGAAGCUAAACUGGUUGUCUUGGGAGAAUUGGAUUGAGACUAGUACGGAAGAAGAUAUUGAUAUGGAACGUGAGCUGAGAGUGCUUAAUGCUCUUGAACCACCAUCUGUAAUAAAGGAGCUGGAAAUUCUUAAUUAUCAUGGUUUACAUUUACCAUGUUGGAUGACCAAUGGAAGGCAUAACUGCACAGUGGACAUAAAAUCCAAUCAAACUGUUGAUCUACCUCAUUUCCCUCAUCUAACUGGAAUGGUACUAUAUCAUUUCCCCAAGUUGAAGCAUUUGUCAAGACUUGUAGGGCUACCUUUGUUGAAGACGCUCAAGCUAAGUGAAUGUGACUCCCUUGAGAGUAUCAGCGCCGGCCCCUUCCCAUCACUCAGGGAGCUAAAUAUUUCUAAAAUGUAUCGUUUGUUGGAAUUGUCAACAAUGACAAGGAUAAUAUUGGCUGACGAUGACAGAGUAACUCAAUGCCGCAAUCAGGAAGUACAGUGUUGUUUCCCUCACCUUUCCACUCUACACAUUGAAUAUUGCCCGAAAUUGAAUGUGAAGCCUUGGUUUCCAGCAUCGCUGGAGAGUUUGACAUUAGAAAGAAGCAACGGGCAGCUUCUAUUCCCGGGCAGCUCCGUUCAUUCAGUUCAUUCUGUUGGGGACGAAUCAGAACCACAUUUCUUCAGCAAUACUAAUGGGGUCUCCUAUUCGAGCCUCCUCAAGGAACUAAGGCUACAGAGGUUGAAAGGUUCGUCGUCUGGAUCUGGUUGGGAAUCAAUAGGGCACCUCACUGCGCUGAAAUCACUAGAGAUUGAGGAAUGCAGUGAGCUGAUGCAAUUACCUGACAGCAUCGGUAACCUCUCCUCACUGCUAAGCUUAAGAAUCCUUAGUUGCGAAAAUCUGAUGGAGUUGCCGGAGGGGAUUCAGCACCUCAACUCCCUGCAAGAACUACAUAUAUUACAAUGUGGCUCCUUUCACAAGCUGCCGGAAGCAGGAAUCGGGGGCCUCCGUUCUCUUCGUAGUCUUCGUGUCGAGUUUCUGCCAGCCCUCAGCUGCCUGCCCCGAUCCAUACGGGGCCUCUCCUCGCUGACGUAUCUUCAGAUACAUUUCUGCACCGCCCUUCAUCGACUUCCUGGAGAACUCUGGGAACUCCGCUCUCUCCAAACCCUCGAGAUCUUUGGUCUGUCUGCUCUAACUUGCCUUCCCGAGUCCAUGGAGUGCCUCACCUCGAUCCGUACCAUUGACAUCGGUUCAUGUGAUGCUCUCACCGAGUUGCCAAAGUGCAUCGGACAACUCUCUACACUUCGAUCACUUCGGAUCCAUUAUUGCCGCGCCCUCGCAUCCUUGCCGUGCUCCAUACAAGACCUUUCUGCUCUACAAGAAUUGGACAUCGCUCGCAGCCCUCAUCUGGCUAGGCGUUGCAAGCAAGGAUCGGGAGAGGAUUGGCACCUCAUUUCCCAUAUACCUCACGUGAACAUAAUAAACGAUGACUAGUUUAGGCAACUGAGAAGCUUGGCAAGGUCACAAGUUUAUUUCCACCUCUGAAAUGUUCCAAAUCCAUGCCAGGCAUCCUUUUGUCCGUGGACUUCAUACUACAGAGUGCAAGGUGUGGACAAUGUGUGGUUGCUUGGGAC